AUGUGCGGCAAUCAGAACGAGGUGGUACGGAAGCAUGUCUCGGGCCAGUCUAAUAGGCCCAUGUCGGCGCCUGCUCACGCUCUCGAAAUCGAACAGAUCGUAAAAGAGCUCAAAGCAGAUGUUGAAGUUGGUCUGUCCGACGAAGAGGCACAGGCGCGACUGGAGGAGCACGGUCGCAAUGAGUUUGGCGUAGAAAAGGGUGUGCAGCCUGUGAGAAUCUUCAUCGGCCAAAUCGCCAAUGCUUUGACCUUGGUCCUGAUUUUGGCCAUGGCUGCAUCGUUUGGCAUCCAGUCUUGGAUCGAGGGUGGCGUCAUUUCUGCCGUCAUCAUUCUUAAUAUUGUAGUUGGCUUUUUCCAGGAGCUCAAGGCGGCGAAGACCAUGAACUCCCUGCGUUCUCUUAGUUCUCCUACUGCCCAAGCAAUCCGCAACGGCAACAAUGCGACCAUUGUCACGGCCGAGAUCGUGCCUGGAGAUGUGGUCGAUCUCAAGACUGGUGACACUAUUCCGGCAGACAUCCGCCUGGUUGAGGCCAUCAACUUCGAGACCGAUGAAGCCCUCCUCACUGGCGAGUCCAUUCCUGUGCGCAAGGAAACGGCUCCAACUUACCCAGAAGACACAGGUCCGGGUGAUCGUCUCAACGUCGCAUACAGCUCCUCGACCGUGACCAAGGGCCGAGCUCGGGGUGUCGUUUUUGCCACUGGUCUGUACACCGAGAUUGGUCAGAUAGCUGCUGCCCUACGGGAUAAGGUGUCCCGUCGUCGCCAGCCCAAAAAACGCGAGGAUGGUACAACUACCUUUGGUCUCUGGCUUCAGGCUUGGACUUUGACCUUUUCCGAUGCUGUUGGACGCUUUCUCGGUGUGAAUGUCGGCACCCCACUCCAAAAGAAGCUCUCUAAGCUGGCUUUGUUGCUUCUCGGCACGGCUGUGGUUUGUGCCGUUAUCGUACUUGGUGCAAACAAGUUCGACACCAAACAGGAAGUCAUCAUCUACGCCGUUGCUACCGGCCUUUCCAUGAUCCCCGCCUCCUUGAUUGUGGUGUUGACAAUUACCAUGGCAGCUGGCACGAAGCGCAUGGUUCAGCGUCAUGUUAUUGUCCGCAACCUUAAGAGCCUCGAGGCACUUGGUGCGGUUUCUAAUAUCUGCUCGGACAAAACGGGUACGCUCACCCAAGGUAACAUGAUCGUUAAGAAGGCAUGGGUCCCUGGCCGCGGUACCUAUUCGGUUCGUACAACUAGCGAACCUCUGAACCCUACUGUUGGCAAGCUUUGCCUUAAGAACGCCCAGCCAAAAGACAUUGACUUUCGUGGUGCCGGUACCGAUGGUGAGCCCAUCGAUGGCCACCAAGUUGUCGGCACAGAUCCCACUCUCAGGGAGUAUCUCAAUGUUGCCUCACUUGCCAAUCUCGCCUCUGUGAACCAAGUUAAUGGCGAAUGGCACGGACGAGGUGAUCCUACUGAGAUUGCAAUCCAGGUAUUUUCGUCCCGCUUUAAUUGGAACCGACUCCGUCUGUCAACAGGAGAUGGUGCUGAGUGGCACCGAAAGGCUGAGUUUCCAUUUGACUCAGAUGUGAAGAAGAUGUCUGUCAUUUUUGUGAACAUGGCGACACAGAGGCAGUGGCUAUUUACUAAAGGUGCCGUGGAGCGAGUUCUCACGUGCUGCUCCAGUUACGCCGUCGGCGAUGAAACCAAAACCUUAUCUGAAGAUGUCAGGGUCGAUAUUCUCAACAACAUGGAAGCCAUGGCCCGUCUUGGUCUUCGUGUCCUUGCAUUCGCUAGCAAGACAAACAUGUGUCAUAUCAAGGAGAAUGAAGCCGAAUUCGAGAGGGGAAGCUUUGAAAUAGAUCUCACGUUUCGUGGCCUAAUUGGUCUUUACGACCCUCCCCGUCCUGAAUCUGCUCCCUCUGUUCGGAUGUGUCAUGAGGCCGGAAUCAGUGUCCACAUGUUAACUGGUGACCACCCAGAAACUGCACGUGCUAUAGCUCUCGAGGUAGGCAUCUUGCCGUCGAGAAUAGACAAUGUUGCCACCAACGUUGCCAAGACCAUGGUCAUGGCCGCGUCUGAUUUUGACAAACUAACGGACCAGGAAAUUGACAAGCUCCCUCUUCUCCCACUUGUCGUCGCUCGCUGCGCGCCGCAGACUAAGGUUCGCAUGAUUGAAGCUCUCCACCGUCGAAAGGCGUUUGUCGCCAUGACUGGUGACGGAGUCAACGACUCGCCUAGCUUGAAACGUGCUGAUGUCGGCAUCGCCAUGGGACAAGCCGGCUCCGAUGUUGCUAAGGAGGCUUCAGACAUCGUGCUAACUGAUGACAACUUUGCCUCUAUCCUCAACGCUGUAGAGGAAGGCCGCCGUAUGUUUGACAACAUCCAAAAGUUCAUCCUGCACGUCUUGGCCGAAAAUAUUGCCCAGGCUUGCACACUGUUAAUUGGUCUCGCAUUCAAAGACAGCCGCGGCAUCUCAGUAUUUCCGUUGGCGCCGGUUGAAAUCCUUUGGAUCAUCAUGGUCACCUCUGGCAUGCCUGACAUGGGACUUGGCUUCGAGAUUGCUGCGCCGGAUAUCAUGCAGCGUCCGCCUCAAAAUUUGAAACAAGGUGUCUUCACACCGGAGCUUCUCCUCGACAUGGUUGUCUACGGCCUGUGGAUGUCCGCACUCUGCCUGGCUUCUUUUGUUUUGGUUCUCUACGGCUUCGGAAACGGUGCUGCAGACAUUGGCGACAAUUGUAACAACGAAUACUCUGCAGACUGUGAGGUCGUCUUCCGCGCUCGGGCCACGACGUUUGCAUGUCUCACCUGGUUCGCGCUCUUUCUAGCGUGGGAGAUGGUCAACAUGCGCCGUUCCUUCUUCCGCAUGCAGCCCAAGAGCAAGAAGUACUUUACGCAGUGGACUGUUGACGUCUGGCGCAACAAGUUCCUGUUCUGGGCCAUUGUCGCCGGCUUUGUCACUACGUUCCCUCUCAUCUAUAUUCCCAAGCUCAACACAGUCGUCUUCAAGCACGCCGGUAUCAGUUGGGAGUGGGGCAUUGUCUUCAUUGAGGCUGCGCUCUUCUUCUUAGGCAUUGAAGGGUGGAAGUGGGUGAAGCGGGUCUACUUCCGCCACCAGGCGAAGGAGGGCGGCAAUUUCAAGUCGGACCUCGAGGCACGCGUCUUUAGAUACUAUUUCGGCGCCGGCAGCGCCAGCAGCGACGAAGUUAUAGGUACCAACGUGGACAACGAAAUCACGACAUCCGAGAAGAAGAUCUGCACCAGCAGCAACGGUGUCGGCGAAAGCGAGAAGGGGCAAUGA